AAAAGUCUAUGGUCCGUUCCGUGUCCAUUGUUUUUCUCCAAUGUUAUUUUUCUGAUUGCUGGUAGUGGACGACAAAUUUUUAUCUCUGAGUUGAGUGAGUGUUUGUACUGGUGUUCGAUACAGUGAUUUAUUCGAAAUAGAUCACGAAGAUGUCGUCACCGAGCGCUGGGAAACGUCGUAUGGACACGGACGUCAUAAAACUUAUUGAGAGUAAGCAUGAGGUGACAAUACUCGGCGGUCUAAACGAGUUCUGCGUCAAAUUCUUCGGCCCACCUGGCACGCCGUACGAGGGCGGCGUGUGGCGGGUACGCGUGCACCUGCCGGACCACUACCCGUUCAAGUCGCCGUCCAUCGGGUUCAUGAACAAGGUGUAUCACCCCAACAUCGACGAGGUCUCCGGGACCGUGUGCCUUGACGUCAUCAACCAGGCCUGGACGGCGCUGUACGACCUGUCGAACAUCUUUGAGUCGUUCCUGCCGCAGCUGCUGACGUACCCGAACCCCAUCGACCCGCUGAACGGCGACGCCGCCGCCAUGUACCUCCACAAACCGGAGGAGUACAAGAAGAAAGUCUCAGACUACGUCCGCCGCUUCGCCACGGAGGAGGCGUUGCUCGAGAAGGACGCCAUCACCGGCGCCGGCGCCGCCGCGGGCAGCGACACCGAGUCCUCUAUGUCCGACUUCAGCGACGACGAGGCGCACGACAUGGAGUUAUAACGCAUGCCGGUGUUGCCCGUCGCGUGUUAGUGUUGCCAGAUGAUAAAAUUCUUUUUUUAUUAUUUAUUUUAAUGGCCAUGGAUGCAGUGCGAUUCUAAAUUGUAUUGAUCUUGUCCAACGUUUCUUUAACCGUCUUAACAGUUUGUUGAUUGAAAUUCUUUUGAAUUUACCCAUAUGGUAGAUUUUUCGUAUUUAACCGAAUUUUUUAUGAUGGUAACUGGCAGCGGUUAGGUUAUAAUCAUGUUUUCGGCGUGUAAUUAUAAAAAGCUUUAAAGUAUUUAAAUUGUAGGUGUCUUUUCUCGUAUGAUAACACCGUUUAUUAUAAAUGUAUGAAUUGUCUAUGGUAUUUUCGAAAUUCGAUGUAAUUUUAGCCGCCCUUGCCACAAGCAAAUUUUCUUGUCCUUUAUAGUUACUCGUCGAGUUAAAUGGUAACGAAAUUAAUUUUAAUGCUAAGCUUGUGGCAAGAGCGUUUUGUCGAGAUUAAAAAGAGAGAGUUGUGUAUAUUGUCCACUGUUCGAAACCAUGGCGUAACCAGAGACAAUAAGGUUUUUUUAAUUAUCAAUCGUCACUGUGACCACUGGAUUUUGCCAUUUGAAUUACGCCAUGGAUAAAUAUCUACGGACCAUGUUAUGCCAAUUUUAGAUUUAGAUUCGAAACUGCUCAUUACAGUGGACUACAACUUUUAUCUCGAUUGUAAAUUGUAUUUUAAAUAUUGGUGUGUCGGAAAAGUUCAUUAGAUGUGUCUAUGGCUUGUCUAUGGUCGUUUAACGCUUAGUAGCAAUAUGAUAUAAUAUGGUGUUCACUUAAAGUUAUGGAUCGGUAUCAGCGAUGGUUUAGAAUAGAGAGUUGCUGGGAAAAUAUCGACAUCAUAGGGAACAAAAUUUUAAAUUUUUAGUAAGAUCGCAUCAUACGGUACAAACGGUUGUGCUAAAUUCAAAAUUAGUCAAUACUGUAUAUUGCUAUGCUCUAAAGUAUUAUGUGUUUUUAAAUUCCAUUUAUGAUCCUGGCAACUCUAAACAUAGGUUAUCGUAUGUAAUGAUUUAUUCAAGCUAAGGAAAUAAAGGAGCUAUGUUAGGUUCACCAUACAAAUUGUCACGCUAGACUCACACAAUAACCUGGCAACACUGCGCGGAAUUGGCAUUUUGUAAAUAUAUUUUAAUUCUGUCCCCAUAGCAUAAAUUGAACUUAGCUCGUGCGGGGCCGGCAGUCAUCACUUAUCUCAUAGGUAUUUAAUUUUUUAAUAGUGUUAAUUUUUAAAAAACGAAUGUGUCAUGUUUUUGUCCCGGAAACUACCAUAUCGUAGAACUUUAUAUGGCAACACUUGUCCAAUUGUUUUCGUCUCCAACUGUGAUUUUCCUCUAGGAGGGGUACAUGUCAGAAGAGAAAUUGUAGUACUUAGGACGACAUAUUUUAUUUUAGCACAAUUGUCUAUGGUUAGUUUUUUUUAGCAUGGCAACACUGGUCUUGUUUGUUGGAGCCAAACAAAAUCAACUGUAUGUCCCAAUAGAAUUCCUUAGUAUGAUCUAAACACCUUACAUGCCGUUUUUGAAUGUUUCCUCUUAAGUAAUAUUAAUAUGUAAUACAAGAAUCAUUAUAAUUGGGAAUUUGAUAAAUACCAAUGUUUUUUAAUUUUACUGGUUGUAUAGCUAGAAUAAAACAUUGUGUUGCUGAAUUAUGUUCGUCGCGUCUUUGCCACUGACGCCUCUAGCAUUAGCGAAAAAGAGGAAGAAAAUAAUUUUAUUUAUCUUUUUUCUUUUUAAUUCCUAUAAAGUUUUUAUCAAAUGCCCCAUUGUGUAUUAUGGUUCGUCAUACUGUUACAACUCGCAUUACCUCCGUAACUGUUUCUUAACCAAAUAACGGCAUUUCUGUCGAUGCGACGAGUGUGAGAAAUUCGCGGCGUCAUUUUGUUUUAUAGUGAUGUUCUUUUUGGUAUCGAUAAACGUGUUUUCUUCUUCAUAUUAUAAUAAAUAAAUUUGUUGUUUUUGCGCAUAAGAUAAUUUAAAUAUAUUUUUGGCGCAUAAAAUAUGAAUUCUCGAAUAACAAACACUACUUCCAAAUAAAUUUUCGUUGCAGAGAGGCUUAAACUUGUUUUAAAAAUUGUGUGUUGUGAUAUUUUUAAUACUCAAUAUUAACGCCAAAACGCUACUUUCAAAAGAUAUCAAAUUGAACAUUACAAAUCAGAUCUCUAAAAUGACAUGUUGCGAUCCUAUAAGUGUUGCAAUCAUCUUAAUGUUAAGUCUAGGUUAAAUAGAAUAUAACACGAAAAUAAAUAUAUUAAUAUAGAUAUUAUAUGUAUCUUGAAACACUCAAGCCAUAAUAAUAUAUUUUGGUAUAAGGAAUAUAACAAGUUAAAAUUCUUAGCGAGUCGGAGUUUUUUUAAUUCGGUAGAUCUUUUUAGUAGUGUUUGGAGCUUGAUCCACCCAGCUUGUUUCGGUCACGAUGUCAGUGUUAUCGAUGUUUAGAUUAUCGUUAAACGGUUUUCAAAUGAAACUUGUAUGUUAUUAAAUAGCUUGGAAUAAUAAAAAUCCAACUUGGAGGUGUAAUGAUAAUGAUUUAAAUUUUAAAGUGAUUGUGUCGCUAAAAUAAUAAUUAUUCCAAGCUAUAUUUUAUCUUUUAGACAAUAGACAUGAGUAAUUCUAAAAUCGUGUUAAACAAACAAUAAUUUGGCUGAAUUUCAAUUACUUGCGUCUAUAAAUGUAUAUUUUGUAUAUUUUAUAAAGUAACAUUUGAAAAUUAUUUAAAUGAACAAUAGUGAUGUGAAUCUGUAUUUUUUAUAUAUUCGAAUAUGUUUUGCCAUGAUUGUACCUACAAAAUAUUAGAUACUAAUCUACGUAAUAUUAAAAUAAUAAUUACAACUUGGUUUUAUACGUUGUAUUAUGUAUAUAUCUUAAAUAUUAUACACUUUUAUGACAUCGGCACACUCUUGUCUCUCUGUUACUAAAAUAUAUUUAUCGAGUAUCGACUAAUGAAAAGUAUCGAUAGUUGAGAUGUCCAAAAAUAUCGAUAUAACGCACCGCUAGGUCACAUCACUAUUGAAGUAGAAGCUACUGUAAGGUUGUUCGGGUAGGAGCCCACUAACUAAUAAAUCGGUUAUUCAUGAGACAAAAGUUUAUAGUAUAUUUUUAUUUCAUUACAUGUAAUAAACUUAUGUUAUUUUUAAAUUAA